GCCAUCCCGAGCGCUAGACCUCUAACUUUGCCUUCUUGUUUCGCAUUGCACCUAUAUACUCUCACUUACCCCGUCAUUUUCAGUACUCGUACCCCCCAAAACCAAAUUUCUCCUUUAAGCCUCGCAUCCAUUCAUCUUCCAUAUUUGCAAUUAUUCUAAUGACUUUGUUAUCAGAAUGGAGACUCCAGAUCCCGGCUGUAUGCUCGAUUUCAGAGCCAAAUCAUGCCAGAACAAAUGGACAGAGGAGCAAAGGCAAACUCUCUGCUGUCUGUACCGAUUCUUCAGUGGCCGGCCUAGGGAAAUCGCUAAGGUGUUCAGUGUUAUGUUUGAGAGAGAUCUUAACAACUGUGGUCUCACGACAGGCAUGCAAUUCAGUAAGAUGAACGCCCAAUGGUUCGACAUGAGACGAAAGAAGCACUCAAUUUGGCUCGAAGUACAUGUCCAGAGCCCCUUCUCAAAAGAAGGAAGAUGGGCUUCAGUCAUCAAAAGAAUAAGACAGACUGUGCAGCACUCAGGGGCUGUACUCAAUGAGAGAGAAGCGGAUCUUGACGUCCCAGGGUUCGUUGCUCUAAGUGAUCGAAAAGUGCCUCUCCAAGUCGUUGACAGCUCCACCGGUGCGACUACUGCCAAUGGACAAGCAGAAUCACCCGCCGAUAUCACUUCACCUAGUUCGGACACAGCUCCAACCAGUCUGUCAGAAGCUCCAACACAGCUGAAUUUACGGCAGCCGAGUUUAUCGAAGCCGCUUACAUGCUCAAGAGAGAAUUUCAUUUCGGCAGCAGUUGAAUCUAUUUGUACUGCGGGUGGGAAGAAAUGUUUAUGGUGUCACCAAGAAGGCCCUGAGCUAGUACUUGCACAGGUACGAACGAAAGUAGCGGAACGACUAGCUCUUCCUGGAGUAAAGAAACCAGCGGAAACUGUUUUGCAGCAAGCGCCACUUCUUUUUCGAUGGUGGAACGUUAAUUCUCAAGGAGUUAACAGCAAACCAAUGCUGAUCUCUGGCCUCUUCUCGAUGAAUGGAGCUGAGCUCUUACACCCAACACAUUUCUCACAAGAAAAAUUUGACUCGAUGUUUAAAGGCCAUGUUGGCAAAGCACAUGUCCCAAGUCCGUUUAUUUCCGCGUUUGGAACACCACUUGCACCAAUACACAGGGGGAUACACAACGAGCGGGGGGCAACAAUGAGCAUAAUUGAGACUUUAAGACUCGAGACCGAAGUAUUCUCUGCUGAACAGCUGGUGCGAGAAACCAACUUCCAGUGGCCAAGAUACCGCGGCCUAAAUGAAUAUCUCAUUUGGGGGAAGGUACCACCGGCAGCAAUAAUCUGUACGGUCGAGAUUCAAGAUCUUCAAAAAAUAGCAGAUGAACAUCUGGAUGUAGGAGAUAUCUUGCAACUUGAUGUGCUUAAAAGUUACCGAAUGUGCGGGAAACCCUUAAAAAGAGCCCUCAAAAAGGGUCCUGGGAAACUAGACCAGAAGUGUGGCUUCUCAAUCGGGAAGUUGCUUGGUAUCGUGGGCGUGCCAGAACAACACAUUGGAAAUGUGGCAAGCAGCAUUGCGCGGUCUUGGAUGUUUCAGCAGGGUUCCAGGGAUGACUUCAUGGGGGGUGUCCACCACGGCUAUUUGCAGUUUUCACCUUCUGUGUCUCAGCAUCCAAAGAACAUUGUCUCAAACUUUAUAGAGAUUAAUGAUAAUGAGGAAGGAGAAAGGUCCUCGGCUGUUGAUUCACCUUGCCCAUCUCGCUCUGUUCAACACAUGCAGCCAACAUCACCCGAAUCUGGACCAUUAUCAAGCCGAUCUGAAAUUCCGAGAUAUGUGAAACUUAUCAAUCCUAACACAAGGGCGUGGUCAGUUGUCUCCAAGACUAAUACCAGACUUUCCGCGGACAAUUUCCCCCAGCAUGAUUUCGUUGGCCUUGUUAGUGACGGUGAAAGUGACCUAGAGGAAGAUGACGGAAAUGAACCAGACGAAGAGGGGGAGGAUGAUGUUGCAAUCGGCCGCCCAAAUACUGUUGCAGACACAUUCCCGGAGGAUCAAUUCGGCGCUGAGAGGGCCCGCGUGAGGCAGAUUCUGGCACAGAACUCAGAAGCGUCCAUUGGGAUGAUGAUUUGACAAUUUCACUUGUAUCUCAUGCCCCUCUGUGCAUUAAAAAUUUCGGGUGAUACACAACGUGUUAUAUUUCGGUAGGACUGCCAGUUCUUCGGCUCACCCUUGACUAUUAUUGUCUGUUGAAGUGGGGUAAAUGGUAAGGGGUUACAAGUCUGAGGUGGAGAGGUUGAAAGUGCUGUGGCAUACGCGACUUCAAAGUGUCGUUUGUUACUGGUGUUAGGUUGGCAUAAGCCGGCAGGCUGUUUUCAGAACCCAUAUCAGAUCUGUCGGUCAAUGGAGAGAGCAGGGACUGUUUGGCCAGCGGCCAAUCCAGUGUAGCACAAGGCCAGUGUAUUGGAUAAAGAUCAAGCAGGGGGAAGGCAAUAUGUGGAGGUAGGAGACAUCCAUGAAAAGAAAAAGAACAAAACCAACAGUCAUUUCCAGACCGUUCCAUACGUAAAUUCCAGAUUCUGUUGUACGAGGCUUUCUAUUAUCACAGGGCUUGAAUAUCAAUUUUUUUUGUUCCUUUAAAUUUGGGAUAUCUUUCUUUAAAGGGGUAACACCUGGGAUAUAAAAAAAUCGUUAAAAAAACAAUCCCAACCCCGUCAAAGAAAUUUUGCCUUAUACCAUCCAGUCAUUGCCCGCUGCCGCAGUUAGCCUGAUUUUUUCUCCCUCAAAGGCCCAUUGCACCCGUCUUCCUUUUUCAUCAUCGACAUUUAGAACUUGCUGAAUGCCUUGACGGCCUUGCCGGUACGGGGCAAGACACGGAGGACGUUGAAUCGGACCUAAAAUAACGCAAGAAUUGUCAGCGGCAAAUCCGGAGAUUGUGGUUUUUUCUUUUGAACGAUUUUAUUUCCUCCUCUUCUUUCAACCAUCUUCAACAACUCAGACCAGGAUAGGAUGUCCACAUACAGUCUUGCUCAGAGGGCGGCACUGGCCGACGGUGACCCAGUCACCUUCCUCAACACGGAAAGCAGGGGAAACGUGAGCGGCGACGUUCUUGUGCCUCUUCUCGUAACGGUUGUACUUGGGGACGUAGUGGAGGUAUUCACGGCGGAUGAUGAUGGUACGGUGCAUCUUGGUAGAGACAACACGGCCAGUGAGGAUACGGCCACGGAUAGAGACUUGACCGGUGAAGGGGCACUUCUUGUC